CUUUAUAAUAUACCUGCUUGUAAAUCAAAACCCCUCCUGGGAGAUUUGCGGUAUUUUCUUGAGGAAGAAGGAAAAUGGCGGCAGUUUUGGCCGGAGUGUCUCAGGCGUCGUUACUUUUCUCGCCGCGCAUCAGUGGAGCUCUCAGGAGCAACACUUUCUCAGUUCGACGCAUACAAUUUCAAUCUUCUACCAUUGGUAGAGGGAUUUCCUUCGAUUGCAAGAUAGUAAGAUCUGCUAUCCGUGCCACCGAUUCCAAAAAUGAAGACAUCGACAUUUAUCCAGACACCACUGGCGGUGACUCUUCCGAUAAAGGGAUUCACGGCGAUGGAGGAGGUGGUAGCGGUGGAGGUAAAGGUGGUAGAGGCGAUAAUGAAGGUAAUAGCGGGGAGGAAGAGGAAUCUAACACCAACAGCGGGAAGAAAGCUUUGUCAAUGUCACAGAAAUUAACUCUUGGAUAUGCUGCACUAGUAGGAGUUGGUGGCUUAAUGGGAUAUUUGAAAGGUGGCAGCCAAAAGUCACUAUUGGCCGGGGGAGUCUCAGCCACACUGUUGCUUGCUGUUUGUAAACUGCUUCCCAGUAACCCUGUUCUUGCAUCGGCCUUGGGUCUUGGCCUAUCAGCGUCACUUUUGGUAGUGAUGGGAUCUCGUUUCAAGGAUUCUGGGAAGAUAUUUCCAGCUGGUGUCGUAUCUCUCGUGUCGUUUAUAAUGACUGGAGGUUACAUGCAUGGAAUUUUACGUAGCUCACAUUGAACGUACGACGAUGAAAAACUGGUAGGGGGCGCUUCCUUGAGCAUGUCUAGUGAUAGUCGUAAACUGUAAUUGACGAAUUUGUUUGUUUUUGUAUAAUCUAUGUUAUGUUGAUUGGUGUUUUCAGGUCUGUGAAAUUGAUUUUGAUGUGCCUUCCAACUUUGUAUGGUGUGCAGUGCUUGUGGUGCCCUCUUUGUUCAUCAGGUCCAUCUGUGUAAUCAUCUGAACAAGGAAAGGGAAAGUAAAGUAGGCUGUUGAAUGUUCAGAGGUUAAAAGGA